AUAUUCCACAAAGCUCGGCAAGAAAAUGUCUUCCGCCGUGUACCUAGAGAACUAUCUCGAUGGAUUGGAGAGUCUGCCGACAGAAUUGGAGCGAAACUUUAAGCUGAUGCGCAAACUGGACGAUCGCGCCCAAACGGCUAUGAAAAGCAUUGACAGCCAUGCCAAGGACUUUAUGCGCAAGCUAGCCGAGAGCGGGGCCCUGAGCGAGGAGGAGCGGAAAGAGCGGUUGGAGGAUAUCAAGGCGCUUUUUGGCAAGGCCAAGGAAUACAGCGACGACAAGGUGCAGCUGGCCAUACAGACUUACGAACUGGUGGACAAACAGAUCCGUCGUCUGGACAAUGAUUUGGCACGAUUCGAGGGGGAGAUCCAAGAGAAGGCCUCGUCCACGCGCGCUAAAUCCGAGGAAGCGGUGGCCAAAAAGGGUCGAAAGAAAGCAAAGGACAGCAAGGUGACUGGGAAAAAGAAAAAGUCCGCCUCCUCGGAUGAGGAAACUGGGCGUGGCGGCAGCACCCAAAUCAAUGCCAAUGUCAGCCUCAACUCCAGCAGCAAUGCUGGAGGCCAAGGUACCAAAAAGAAAAAGUCAAAGGUAAAUCAAGAAAAAGAAACACGCAAGGGGGGCGCACAAAAGAAAGUCGUCGAAGCGGAUGACUCGGAGAAGGACUCCUGCCAUACGGCCGCCACGCAUCCCAGCGAUGUCAUGGACAUGCCGGUGGACCCCAAUGAACCAACGUACUGCCUUUGCCAUCAGGUCUCCUAUGGCGAGAUGAUUGGCUGCGAUAACCCCGAUUGUCCCAUCGAAUGGUUCCACUUUGCCUGCGUCGGUCUCACCACGAAGCCAAAGGGCAAGUGGUUCUGCCCCAAGUGUACGCAGGACCGGAAAAAGAAAUAGAUCAAUUCGCUUUUAGGAUCAUACUUAGUCGCUAGCUACUUUAAGUACACGUACAAUUUUAAAUAAAGUUCUACCUGCCUAUGUCGAACAUCAAA